CUUCCGGCAAGCUUACGGAUUGUCUCUGAGAAAUCUAUUUUGGGUUCCGAAUCUUCGGUUUUGUGAACGGCUAACGGAGUUCCCUAAUACAAACCCUAUUCAGCUGCCAUCAACCUGCUUCUCGAUCUUAAACAGCGCAAUAUCGCCAUUUAGGCCGUUUCUCUUCCAAGUUUUCCUCUUCGCGGCAAGGUGGUGGCGAUAGAUUUAUUCCGAAUAGAUCCGCAAUGAACCUGGACAUCGCCCAUUAUCUGUUAAUGGCGGCUCCAAGAAAGGAGAAGGAGAACAAUUCAGGAAUAUCAUCGUCAGGAAAAGGAAAAGGGGCUUACAGGGAGAUUCUUGACCGCGUUCUUUUGCAAAAUCGAACUCGGAUACUCGAAUUCAAUAGCAAGCCUUCGGCACCGUCUGAAGAGAUAUUCCCAGAAAUUUUCUUUGAUUCUUCUUCCAAUCAUAAAAGGCCUUUAAAGAACAAGAGGUAUAUUCCUCAAUCUGCUGAGAAGGUACUUGGUGCGCCUAAUAUUGAGAGUGAUUUUUAUCUAAAUCUGCUUGAUUGGGGAAAAAGAAAUAUCAUUGCUGUUGCCCUCCGGAACUCAGUUUACUUGUGGGAUGCUUCUAACGGAUCAACGUCUAAAUUGGUGACAUUUAGUGAUCAUGUUAGUCCUGUAAGCAGCGUCUCUUGGGCUCCGGAUGGGAAGCACAUUGCCCUUGGGUUGUCCAAUUCUUACGUUCAGUUGUGGGACGUUACCUUGAAUCGUCCAUUGAGAACUCUAGAAGGUAUUCAUCAGUCCAGAGUAGGAUCUCUUGCUUGGAAUGGAGGUAUCCUCACAACAGGUGGAAUGGAUGGCAAUAUUGUAAACAAUGACGUGAGAAUUAGAUCCCACAUUGUCCAGAAAUAUACAGGGCAUCAUAUGGAGGUCUGUGGGCUAAAAUGGUCGGGCUCUGCAAACAAGUUAGCCAGCGGAGGCAAUGACAAUCUUGUUCAUGUGUGGGACUGCUCCAUGGCUGCCUCCACCACAACUUCAAAUCGAAGUCCAUGGCUCCAUCGGUUUGAGGAGCAUACGGGUGCAGUUAAAGCUCUUGCGUGGUGUCCUUUCCAGAGAAAUUUACUUGCCUCUGGAGGUGGUGAGAGUGACGGAUGCAUCAGAUUUUGGAACACAGACACAGGGAAUCGUCUCAGUUCAGUUGAUACUAACUCACAGGUUUCUGGACUUAUAUGGAGUAAAAAUGAGCGUGAGCUGUUGAGCUCUCAUGGUCUACCUGACAACAAUUUGGUAUUGUGGAGGUAUCCAUCUAUGGAGAAGAUAGUUGAACUCAAUGGUCAUUUUUCUCGAGUGCUGUUCACGACUCAAAGCCCUGAUGGAUGUAGAGUGGCAUCAGCAGCUGGGGAUGAAACAUUGAGGCUAUGGAAACUUUAUGAAACUUCAACUGUGGGAAAAGCUGCAAGUAAGGGAGCAAGCACAAUCCCUUUUGCUAGUUUCAGCGCAUUUACCACCAUUAGGUAAGGUUGCAAUUGUGGUAUCUUCUGUGAUGGGCCUGGUAAGAACACACAAACUUUGGAGUCAAGUAAGGUAAACUCACAUGCACAUCACAUUCACAACCUUUCAGCCCAAACCUCUUGGUUGAUAGUCAAAGCUCCCAACCAACAUAUCAAGCUAUGUUACGGCGACUACCUGGAACAGCAAUUUACAGAAGCAUUUUACAAUAUCCUGAAGCAUAUGCAUAUGAUGGAUACAUUAAUUAACAAUCUUCUCUCAAUUUAUCAGCUUGUUAUUGCCUGGACUAAAGAGAUACAACAUGGGAAAUUGUCAACUUUCUGAAAUUGUAAGUUGCAUUAGAAUGCCAAAACAUUAAUUGGGGGACUUUCAAAACAGUCCUUAUAGAUGCUUUGGUCAAUCACCUCCACCAAAUUCAGGAAGUAGCAUUAGAAUGCCACAACAUGAAUUGGGGGACUUUCAAAACAGUCCUUAUAUAGAUGCUUUGGUCAGUCACCUCCACCCAAUUCAGGUAUUUUUUGGUAUAUGCAUAUUGCUUUUGUUUGAGAAGAUAUGCAUGAUGUAUUCAAAUGAGCACAUACGUGAGAAAUAUGAUUCUAGUUAAGAAUUUUCAUAAAAUAUUAUUAUGGGAUAUAUCAGUUCAUUUGAUUAUGAAGCAUUGAAUC